AUGACCGGCAUGGUUCAGACUGACCUAGCUCAUCCACCUGCACCAAAGUACAAGGACGAGCCAGUGGAAGAUCCUCAUCGCCAUCCCGGCCCGCAACCGCCUCAUCUUCAGCAUCCUCGACCAACUCUUCUGGUCCAGCCACAGAAACAACCAGAAUCACCACAUCAGACUUCAGCUACCCUACCUUCUGGUUCAUACGCACCUCACGCCUUAGGCAACGGAGUUAUACAUCAUCAGCACUCCUACGGCCCGCCAUCAGAGCAUUCGUACUAUUCAUCUCAUUCCUCUUAUAGUACAGCAAGCGCACCCAGUCAGUACUCAUCAAGUGGUAAAAUGAUGGCUACAGCCACGCAAAUGCAGCGGCCGUAUCCUCCAAUUUAUCAUACGCCCCAAUCCAGCUCGCCUGCUUCAGUAGCUUCCCAAACACACGAACAGCAUAAUCGCGGCAUAUACACACAGUCGCCCCAAAUGACCUCGCAAAUGUAUGGCUAUCCGCCAUACUCACCCAUGAAUCCAGUGCAGCCUCCACCCUAUGGACCGAAUACAUCCCCCCAACAGCACCCUCUUACGACACAGCCACUGAUGGUGCCCCAUCCGACAAGCACUGCGCAGUUACCGCAUCAUCCGGCUCAGGCUCCAGCAGGGAACUUGUCAAGUAGUACAAAUUCAGCUGCGGCACAACAGCCAACGCCCCCUCAGAGAACGAUGCUAAACCCCCCUCACUCAGCAGCUAGUGGUGCACCUUUGUCAGCCAGUGCUGUUCACCAUCAAAACUCUAAUGUCGGGGCCAGCUCUAGUGCGGCACCAGGACCAAUCCCUGCCACAACCCCCCUGGUUGUCCGACAAGAUAGCAAUGGUGUCCAGUGGAUCGCGUUUGAGUACUCUCGGGAUCGUGUAAAGAUGGAGUAUACAAUCCGCUGCGAUGUUGAGUCGGUUAAUGUGGAUAAUUUAAGCCAGGAGUUCAAGACUGAGAACUGCGUUUACCCUCGAGCCUGCUGCAGCAAGGACCAGUACAGAGGCAAUCGGCUGGUCUACGAAACUGAAUGUAAUGCUGUUGGAUGGGCCUUGGCGGAGCUGAACCCGGCACUGAGAGGCAAGCGUGGGCUGAUUCAGCGGGCAGUGGAUAGCUGGAGGAAUAGCAACCAGGACCCUCGACUUCGAAGCCGGCGUGUGAGGAGAAUGGCCAAGAUUAACAAGCGGCAGGGGAUGCCUGUGCCUCCGCCUCACAUGGCGCCUUCCACCCCUGUCGGCCCUGGGGUGCCAAGUGCUAGUAUGCCCGCCCCCGGUCCUCGUCCCAGCCUGGGGCCAUUGCCUAUGGGCCCCCCUCAGCUACAUCACCACCAUGCCCAGCCAGAUGGAAGUGCAGGCCACGAAGAAGCUAGCGGUACCACUGACUAUACGAACGGUACCAGUCGUCCACCUGUCUCGGAUGGUCUGCAACCCGGGCCAUCGCCAACGGACAUCCGCACGGCGCAGGUGUUCCAUGGCUAUCCUUCCUAUCCGACCCCCGCGACGGCCUCAGGGGGACCAAGGGGUCCCUCAAUACCGCCACUACUCCGAGAUAGUGGCAUCGGGUCUCUCGGGCGCCAUCCGACCAUUGCGACAUCCUCGAACCGGAUCGAAGAAGUGGACGAUGACGAUGACGAGCGCAAUCCAAGCAGCGAUGCGCUCUUCGGCACACUGCCCGAGGGCAAACGCCGCAAGUUCAUCCUGGUGGACGACAACCAGCGGGGUUGUCGCGUGCGAGUCAAGGUCAUGCUGGACCAGGUUGAUAUGGACGAGCUUCCGGACUCCUAUAGGAUGUCUAAUGCGGUAUACCCCCGGACAUACUUUCCUGUUCAGAUGAGGGACCCGGGUCGAGUCGUGCCUGGGAAUCGAUAUAUUAAGGACCACGUUGGGGUGGAUGAGGGUGACGAUGCCGAUGAUGAUGACAGCCCGACCGUUGGAAGGAUCAUGGUUCCUGCACCACAAAUUGAUGGUGAGGGAGAGAUCGCGGUCCCCCGGCUGUCCCGAGGACGACGGAGAAGAGAGGUACUCUUGAAUGACUUGGGCUACCGAAUGAGUUGGAGCCAAAGUCGAGUGUUUGCGGGGCGAAUGCUGUUCCUGCAGCGAUCUCUUGACGCGUACCGAAAUAAGAUGCGCAGCACGAUGCUGGCGGCCGGCCAGGACCCGACAACCAUUCCCCGGCAUUUCGAGACGCGGGCGGGCAAACGACGAUUCCUCGAGCGUAAGCGACGGGCGGCGGGGGGCCCGACUCGGGGUGCCGGUGCCCAUGGGGUGUCUGCCUCGCAGCGCAGUGCUGAAGAGGUCGAGGCUUGA